ACUGGGAAAGAUGUUGAAGAAUACUGGAAAAUUAGCUGGUAAAACAUUAUUUAUCACCGGCGCGAGCCGUGGCAUUGGAAAAGCCAUUGCGCUGAAGGCAGCUCAAGAUGGAGCAAACAUUGUUAUCGCCGCUAAAACCACCGAACCUCAUCCGAAACUACCUGGAACGAUAUACACUGCAGCAAAAGAAGUUGAAGAGGCAGGAGGAAAGUGCCUUCCCUGUGCAGUAGAUAUUCGUGAUGAAAACGCCGUUAACAGUGCAGUACAAGAGGCUGUAAAGACAUUUGGUGGUAUUGACAUACUUGUUAACAAUGCUAGUGCAAUAAGCUUGACAGGGACUUUGGAAACACCAAUGAAAAAAUAUGAUCUGAUGAAUAAUGUCAAUGUAAGAGGGACAUUCUUGUGUUCCAAAGCAUGCAUUUCAUAUUUAAAGAAUGCAGAGAAUCCUCACAUUUUAAACGUGACACCACCUUUAAAUAUCAGACAUGCCUGGUUCAAAGAACAUGUUGCAUAUUCAUUAUCUAAGUAUGGAAUGUCAUUAUGUGUCCUUGGGAUGUCUCAAGAAUUCAAGGAUGAUGGGAUUGCAGUAAAUGCACUGUGGCCUAAAAAAGGUAUUGCCACUGUUGCUGUCAUGGUUACUGCAGGGAAACAAGGCUUAGCCUACUGUCGAAUAGACAAGUUUUUUGCUGAUGCUGCAUAUAUCAUGUUGACAAGAGACAGUAAAACAAGGACAGGAGAGUUUCUUUAUGAUGAAGAUGUUCUUAAGGAGGCAGGAAUCACUGACUUUGAACAGUAUUCUUAUAUUCCAGGACCACAGAAAGGGAUCAGCAUACAGUCAGUCAGAAACCUGACAAAGAGAAGGGCUGGUGCACCAGUGCCAGACAGUUUUAUUGAUGGUUAUUCUCCCACACUGCAAAGAAACUCCUCCAAGGAUACCAGGGAAACUUCCUCUCACAGGAGUCAAGUGAGAGGAGUAGUAGACAUUUUUGAUGCUGUUAAAAAUUUUUUGGAUGAAAAGCUUGUUCAGAAAGUGAAUGCAGUCUUUGAGUUUCAUUUAACAGGAAAGGAAGCUGGAGUGUGGUAUCUUGAUCUUAAGAGCAGUACAGGUGAGGUUGGAAGAGGUUCUUUUUCAGGAGAUGAGGUGAACAGUACAGUAAUGUUAGACUCAGAGGAUUUUGUGAAGUUGUUCACUGGCGAACUUAAUCCAGCACAAGCGUAUUUGGGAGGAAAACUCCAGCUUACAGGAAGCAUGCAUAAAUUUAUGAAACUUGAGAAUCAGCUCCUACAAAAGAUGAAAUCCAAAUUAUGAACAUUACUCUUUUUGAGAAGAAUUUAGUCUUGUUCAAAGUAAAAAUAAUGACAAUAAUAGGAAUUAUAUUGAUUGUUAUCAUCACCACUAUUAUUAUUAUUAUUUGGUGUUAGUAUUGGUAUCAUCAUUACUGUUAAAUUGUGUUUAUAGAAUUAAGGACUUUUUUCUAAAGAUGAAGAGGAACAUAUUUAAAUAUUUUCUUGAGGAGUAACUCAUAGUUAAUAAGCUGCAUUAAGGAGAGAGGAAAGUAAUGAAUGAAAGCAAUCUUUGCAGUGAUGAACACUAUUGAAUGAACUACGACCUGCACAGGCCUUGAAUUUUUUUCAUGCCCUAUUUUCACCACCACUUAAGUAGUAUUUAUUACUGCAAAGAUUGCUUUCAUUCAUUUCUUCAUUAAACCACAGUUCACACGUAUUAGUUUCCUAUAUAUUCACAGAGGAAAGUAAGUAAGGAAGGAAUUGUCACAUUACCAAUCACCAAAGUUUCUGGCAGAAAUCUUUAUCUAAAAGUUUCAUAUAAGGGUACAGGGUGUUUUCAUCUAAGGUUACCCCAAACUGUAUAUUUGAAAUCCUGAACAAAGUAAAUACAUUUUAAUCAAGUACAUCUAAAGAUACUGGGUAAUUUUGUCUACAGUAAAGUGAGAUAUGUAGGUAAAAAUGUAAUGGUUAUGACACAGUUACAUUGCUGUUGUUUGUGUUACUCAUUCAUUCUUCCAUUGUUUGGAUCAAAGUGUACAUAUUCAGAGUUCUUUUUACCAGAUGUCAUGUUGCUUUUGUCAGUAUUUGUAAUAUUGUCCUGUGGUAUUACCUUCAAUACUUGAUCAAAUAA